AUGCUGGUAGAUCCCUUGAAGACCCCCUUAAAUUGGAGGACGAGGUUGCAGAUUGCUAAUGAAGUUGUAGUAGCACUGGAAUACUUGUUUCUUUUUAGUGAUCUACCAGCAUAUCAUGUCUCCAUCAGCUCAGGCAAUAUUAUGUUAGAUGAGAACUUUGCAGCUAAACUAUUAGAUUUUGGCUUUCUUACUCCUAGUGCAAACUCUGUCAUGAUGGCAAAUUCAGGAGGUCCUUAUCUCUUAACAGAAUACAAAACUGAGGUACUUAUUCUUAGUUACUUCACCAAGCAUCUUUUAUUUCGGUAUCAAAUCAAUUAUGACUGUACGGAGCUUAAAAAUCUUCUAGCAGUGGCAAAAUUAUGUAUCAAAUCAAGGGACAAGGCUACAUUUACAAUCUCUCAGUUAUUUCGGAGGAAUGAGAGUCGAUCCAAUGAAGCAGCAGUGUUGGAGGAAGCAUUAAUCGAGCCACGCAUUAUGCUGCAGAGUUCUACAAAUUCAGAGAUAAUUGGAGAUGGCUUCCGCUGGAGGAAGUACGGGCAGAAGGUGGUGAAGGGCAAUCCAUAUCCUCAAAGUUAUUACAGAUGUACAAAUGUAAAGUGUAAUGUUCAAAAGCAUGUGGAGAGAGAAAUAGAUGAUCCAAGAGCAUUUGUCACUACAUAUGAGGGUAAGCACAAUCACGAGAUGCCAACCAAGAACAUCAACCCAAAUGUCCCCUCUGAGAGAGAUUCACAAGCUUCUCUUAGUAAAGACAAACCAUGA